GAUUGUCUGCGUUUCCGUGUGAUUGGUAUAAGAAGAAGAAUAUCAACACGUGCCGCUCGCAUUUUUGUGAAUUCGUGAUUCUCUCGGAAUAAUGAUAAAAAUUAAGCGAAAAACAGCCCCUCCGCCCGUGGAACAGGACUCGGACAGCGAUUCCAGCUUUGACGAGGAGGAGCCACAGGAUUUGGAAGUCCAGGAGGGGCCAGUCACUGAUAGCAGCGAUGAAGAAGCCGCCUCCAGCAGCAAAAAAACGGCCAAACAAGGGGAAGCCAGUGAGGAUUUAAAGGAAGAGGAUGAUGACGACGAUGAGGAGGAGAAUGACGACGACGACGAAGAAGAGGAUGAUGACGACGACGACGACAAGAAGACACGAAUUCCUGUUUUGAAUCCCCUCAGCUGGAUGCGCAACAAGGAGCAGCGUUUGGCGUUGUACAAAAAAAUGAAGAAGGAGAAGCACAAGAAAAAAAUGCAGGAGCGCCGUGCCCGACGGAAGGCUGGUGUACCCGCCAAUCCUGGUCACACCAUAGAGAGCCUGCGAGAGAAGGACCAAACAGAGGUGGCCAAUCUGAACGAUUCCGACAACGAGGAGUUGCAAAAGGAACUCCAACUGGACGAUUUCAGCUCGUACUUCGAACGUUCGUACGAGCCAAAGGUGCUGAUCACUUUUGCUGACAAUCCGGUGACCAAGACGCGUAAGUUUGGACUGGAGCUUUCGCGCAUAUUCCCCAACGCCCUGGUUAAGAUUCGCAACAAGUCGUCGGUGAAGAAGAUAUGCAAAAGCGCCGAGCGCGAGGAGUUCACAGACGUCGUGAUCGUUAACGAAGAUCGCAGAAAGCCCAAUGGGCUGCUGGUCAUUCAUCUGCCCAAUGGUCCCACUGCCCACUUCAAGCUGUCCAACGUGAAGCUCACCUCGGACAUAAAGCGCGAUCACAAGGAGAUAACCAAGCACAGGCCCGAAGUGAUCCUGAACAAUUUUACCACACGUUUGGGUCUGACCGUGGGCCGCAUGCUGGGUGCCCUCUUCCAUCACGAUCCCGAGUUCCGCGGCCGCCGAGCGGUGACGUUCCACAAUCAGCGAGAUUACAUAUUCUUCCGUCACCACCGCUACGAGUUCACCAAAGAGGGAAAACGCGUAAAGCUGCGCGAACUGGGGCCGCGGUUCACCCUGAAACUACGUUCCCUGCAGGAGGGCACAUUCGACAGCAAGACCGGUGACUAUGCCUGGAUAAUCAGCAACAAACGGCACGCCAUGGAGUCGCGACGUCGCUUCUUCCUCUAGGUGUAUUUCGAGGCAUUGUAUUUAGGUAUAGAACUACUUAAUAAACCAACAGUUAAUACG